AUGACGGUGGAUGGUGCCAUGGUGCUGGAGCUGAAGUCAGUCACUUGGUUGCUCAAUGCCCCGGAUGAUCAACCAGGGACUAAUAGAGCUGGACAGUGCCAUGAUGUGAAUACUGUUGAUACUGAUGAUGGGGAUGCUGAUGAUGUGGAUGUUGAUAAUGUUGAUGCCUCCGUUGAUCAACCAGGGACUGAAAUAGCUGGACAGUGCCAUGAUGUGAAUACUGAUGAUACUGAUGAUGUGGAUGCUGAUGAUGUGGAUGCUGAUGAUGUGGAUGCCUCUGUUGAUCAACCAGGGACUGAAAUAGCUGGACAGUGCCAUGAUGUGAAUACUGUUGAUACUGAUGAUGUGGAUGCUGAUGAUGUGGAUGUUGAUAAUGUUGAUGCCUCCGUUGAUCAACAAGGGACUGAAAUAGGUCAACUCGAAGCAGUCGUAAAUGCUGGAAUUGGCACAAACCAUGAAAAACGAACAGCCACAGUCAGAACACCUUGGAGCUAGGCUGAAGAAGACGUGGUAGAAAAUGGCCUUAAAAAGUGUUUUAAGCUUAAUACUCCACCAAAAAUAAGUUAGAAUGUCUUGAACUUAUAAAGAACUUAUAAAGAAGUAUCCAAUUCUUGCCAGGCGAUCAAGGACAAUGGUGAAAGGGUACAUUAGAACAAGGCAACUGGCCUUGCAAUAGGCUCAUCAAAAAGCAAACAAUUAAACAAAUAGAUACUUUAAAUUAUAGAAUAGACUAGAUUGCAUUUUGAUUUAAGCUUUAUAUCUGAAUACCAUCAGUGAUUGACAUUUUCUUUGGAUAUUGUUCUAUUUUUAUUUAUUUUUUAACAAUUAAAAAUUUGAAAUUGAAUAUGGUAAUAACUUGUCCUCAAUUGGAGGUGAUUUUGCUAGAAUUGUCCAUGAUGUUUGUGGUCAUUUACACUCCAGUGUAAUCAAUUGUUUUUUUUGUUCCAUGGUAAAUAAUGGUGUGUGGUAUUGCUUUGUAUUGAAUGCUUCUGUCACUUCUCAGUGAUGUGAUGUUUUUCGUGUUGUUGGAUAAAUUGAUGAAAUGCAAAUGAAAUAUCAUCAUGUAUGAACAUGUCAAACAAAAAUGUAUUAACUUUCUUCUGUUUGCUAUCAAAACGUUUAGUAUUUGUUUGGUUGAAUUGUAUCUAGAGCCAAUGAAUGAAGAUUUGUUUAUUUCUGAAAUUUGAUAUGCAUUAAUUUUUGUAAAAGAAAAUUUUCAGAAAAAAGUAUCUUGGUAUUGUGAUAUGCCUUGGCACCUGUCAGGGCUGUGGGCAUCAUGCAGUAUUUUACCUAGGACAGUAACUAAAUCACUUCAUAUUUAAAUAAAACUUGGUUAAGAUGUUGCCAGGGACAAUAUGCAUGUGUACAUCAAGGGGCAUAACUCUGGCUUUAGUUUGUAUUGAGUUAUGCCUCAUUUUC